CCGCCCCCAAAGACAAUCCUUGAGUGGUGGAUAUUGACAUGGACUAAAAGAUUGAGACCUAUGCUUUUGCAGUGAGCACAUGCUCUAUAAGGCGACCCCGCAUUCCCUUUGACUGGGCAAGCCACACUCUAUUCUCAAUUUGACUGAUAAAGAGCAUCACUUCGCACCUGUCCCCUCCAUUCUCAAUUACUCGUACUUCGCAGAUAAUGGCUUCUGUAAUAAGAUCCGCUCUUCGCUAUCUCGAAGUCAAACAUGACGGCGAGCAAGAAAUACCUGACGGACUACAGUCCAAAUGGGGAAAUUUCGACAUUUUUCCUGUCCCGGUGGAGCAACGCCGCUUCAACAUCUGGUCCUACUUCUCUUUUUGGGCUAUUGCAUCUAUGAGUGUCACCGCAUGGGCUUUCGGAGGUAACCUUUUGGCUCUCGGCUUGAGUGUUGGGGAGGGAAUAUGUUGCAUUGUCGUUGCAUGGACUUUCGUUGGCUUGUUUGCUUACCUUUGUGGUCAUCCUGGGUCAAAUAUGAACUUAGGAUUUACGGCUCUAGCCAGAACCACGUUCGGACUUUAUGGUUCUUACCUCCCUGUUAUGCUGCUGGUUUUCGAAAACGUCAUAUUUUUCGGAGUCAAUGCCUAUUUUGGAGGCCUAUCUGCUGUUGUUGUUAUCAGUGCCAUGUCGUCAAGCUUCAGAGUACUGAAGAACACCUUACCUGAAAGUGCUGGUAUCACCACUCAAGCGCUCCCAGCUGCUUGCGGAGUUGCAAUCGUCUUCUUUGGUCUCUUCGGAUGGGCCAUCAACGACAACAAUGGAUCAGUCGGCAAAUCCCUCACCUCAGACCUCGCUCUCUCGCCCACUGCUCUAGCUUUCGGUAUGCUCUACGGUAUCUCCACAUCUGCCGGCUCUGCAACUGCAUAUUCAAGUCGUAUGUCAGACUGGACGCGAUUCAGCAGAACCAAGAAUGCGCCUACGGUUCCUUUGUUACUGGGUGCUCCUAUUCUAGGCUCGGUGACUUCGAUUCUGGGCAUACUUGCUACAAACGCCGUUCACAACAAGAACCAUGUUGUUGAAUGGAAUCCACUUCAACUUUUACUUUGGCUUCAGAAGGACAAAUAUAGUCCUGCAUGUAGAGCGGGAACUUUCUUUGCUGGACUUGCACUUUUCUAUUCUCUAAUUAUCAACAAUCUAAUGGGAAAGAUUGUCCCAGCCGGAAUGGACUGCGCGGGACUUUUUCCUAGGUGGAUCACCACUCGCCGAGGAUCUAUCAUUCUAUGCAUUAUUGGCAUCAUAAUACAACCAUGGAGGUUUGUAACAGAAUCGACAACGUUUCUGAAAGUCUUAAGUUCCUUCGGAGGAAUGUAUUCCCCAUCGAACGAUCUAUUUUCACAGAAUCUAACUGCCACAGUCUUCGUGUCGCCACUCACAGCCAUACUGGCUGCCGAUUACUGGCUGGUACAUCGACGCAAAUGGAAUGUUCCCGAUAUAUUCAAACAAGACGGUAUAUAUUGGUACACAUUCGGAGUCAAUUGGCGAGCCAUAAUUGCCUUCACCCUCAGCAUCGUGUGGUCCAUGCCCGGCUUCGUAUCUAACGUCAAAUCAAGCCACAUUACUACCGGCUGGACGAGGAUGUAUCAGAUGAGCUACAUCGUCAACAUUGCUAUCGCAGUUGUGGUCUUCUGCGUUCUUUCUCUUGCAUUUCCGCAGGUGGGCCUCAGGACUGCCGCGGCCUGGGGUGAAGCGCCUACCACAUCAGUAAACAGUAUCAACGACUUAGAAGCAAUGGCUGAUAAGGAUGGAGAGCCAGUGGAAGUUGAGUACGCAUGAUGUUAAGAAGUUAAACUCGGUAAAAGCCGACAGAACAAGAUGCCACGCGCCAGGAAAUCUCAGCUCUCAAGUAUCGGAAUUGAUUCCUGUGAAGAGUGAAUUUAUAGCAUCCUGCCAACG